AUGAGCAAAGAUCACGUAACUGCGAUACGAAAUCGUCUUUUUAUUUCGUUUGGUGUAGCAUGGGUAUCCUACGCAUUGACUUACUUUUUACGCAAGCCAUUAGGAAUUAUCAAAACCGAUCUCGAACAUGAUCUAAAUUUUUCGAAAUUUCAAUUGGGCCUAUUUGACACUGCUCUGUUAUUACCCUAUGCUCUUAUUCAAACUUUCUUCGGCUCAGUUGGCGAUAAGUACGGUUCUCGACGUACGUUUGGUUAUGGCUUAAUUGGUUCUGGUAUUGCUAUGAUUACAUUCGGAUGGUGGAGUGACUAUCGACUUUUCCUUCUCCUACUUUUCUUUAAUGGUGCAUUCCAAUCGCUGUGUUGGGCAGCAGCAGGCAAAGGUCUCGGUGCUUGGGUAACCGAUGCUCAACGUAAUUCUGUUUUCGGUUUGUUUGGAACAUGCCCUUUCGCUGGUGGUAUUAUUGGCACGGCUUUGGCUGUUUAUAUUCAAGGAAAGGAUGGUUGGCGUCUCGUUCAUUUCCAACCGUCAAUCUUUUGUAUUGUUGCUGGCUUUGCGGUUUUGUUCUCCUUUCGUGAACCAUCAGAAUUGAAUAUGAUUGUGCCUGGGAAAGAUACCGCUAGCAAAGGAACGGAUCUCCGUACGAAAAUGACUCCUAUGGAAUUAUGUCGACUACCCAUGGUCAAAGAAAUUGCUGCUGGUGUUUUCUGUUUAAAAGUUGUUCGAUAUGCCAUUUACCUGUGGCUCCCUUUAUAUUUAAAACAAGAAUUAAAUUAUUCGAAGUCCGAUGCUGGUUUGUUUUCAACUAUGUUUGACAUUGGUGGCGUUGCUGGAAGUGCAACGAUUGGAUUUGUUCUUAAACGUUUUUUUAAUAAUGAAGGAUGCGUUGGUGCCGGCGCGGAAACAUUACUCAGUGCUGGUACUCUUCUUCUUUUCUUGGCGUUUGCUCAAUCAGGCGUAACAAUGAAUUCAAUUUUAAUGUUAUUAACUGGUGCAUUAAAUUGUGGUGCUGAUAUUAUUCUUUGUAAAUUAUUUGAGAAAAGUCAAACUAUCAACAUUUCGCUCUGUUUUCAGGCAGUUCCGUUCCUAUCGAAAUCGGCGAAAUGGAUGGUCGUAAUGCCGGCAGUGCAGUAA